CCGGGCCGGGCCGCGGGAGGCACAACAAAGAUGGCGGCGGCCGGGGGCGGCGGAGGAGCGGGGCGGCGGCGGCUGUGGAGACACCAACAGAUGGAACACAAAUUGACUUAAGCCUACAUGAGGCUGGUGACACCGAAAAAAGGGGAAAUUGGGGAAGCUGUGUUCUGUGCUUUCUGUCUGACGUAAUGGGAAUACAUAUUUGAGCAUGCUUGCUACUUAGUAGGAGAAGUAAAGUUCAGGCAUAAGAGGUUUUAAACUUAAAGAGUGAAUAUGGGUGAAAAGAAGCCAGAACCUUUGGACUUUGUAAAAGACUUUCAGGAAUAUCUUACACAGCAGACUCACCAUGUAAAUAUGAUUUCUGGAUCAGUUAGUGGAGACAAGGAAGCGGAGACUCUUCCGGGAGCUGGGACCGAAGGUGAUCAGAAUGGUCUGGAUCAUCCUUCUGUUGAAGUUUCACUGGAUGAAAACUCAGGAAUGUUAGUGGAUGGGUUUGAAAGGACAUUUGAUGGAAAAUUAAAGUGUCGAUACUGCAACUAUGCCAGCAAAGGAACAGCACGGCUCAUAGAGCAUAUCAGAAUUCAUACAGGGCAAGGAGAUCCAAGACCUGAGUGUGGUUUUGCUCAGAAGCAUGGUGAGGAAGCAUGGCAAAGGGCUAAGACAUGGAUUGCAUGGACUAUGAAAGCUCAGAGUGAGAAGCCACACAGAUGCCAUUUGUGUCCCUUCGCAUCAGCUUACGAACGCCAUCUGGAAGCGCACAUGCGAUCACAUACCGGUGAAAAACCAUACAAGUGUGAGCUGUGUUCCUUCCGCUGCAGUGACAGAAGCAACUUAUCCCACCACCGGAGGCGCAAGCAUAAAAUGGUGCCUAUCAAGGGUACAAGGUCCUCCCUAAGCAGCAAGAAAAUGUGGGGGGUUUUGCAGAAGAAGACCAGCAACUUGGGGUACAGCAGAAGAGCAUUAAUUAAUUUGAGCCCACCUUCCAUGGUGGUUCAGAAACCGGACUACCUUAACGAUUUUACUCAUGAAAUCCCAAAUAUCCAGACUGAAGCAUACGAGAGCAUGACAAAACCAUCCCAGAGCAGCGGGUUGCCAAGAGAUCCGCAAGACCUUAUGGUAGAUAAUCCUUUAAACCAGCUAUCUACGCUAGCCGGACAGUUAUCUAGCCUGCCGCCUGAAAACCAAAAUCCUGCCUCUCCUGAUGUUGUUUCCUGUCAAGAUGAAAAGCCUUUCAUGAUGCAGCAGCCUACUGCACCUGCAGUCGUUUCGGCUGUGUCGGCAAAUAUUCCUCAAAGUUCAUCUCCAACCAGCCCAGACCCCCGGCCCGCACACAAUCAGAGGAACUACAGCCCGGUGGCAGGGCCGAGCAGCGAUCGCAGUGCCCACACCAGCACUCCCAGCAUAAGCAACAGCCAACCAAGUACUCCAGCUCCCACCCUGCCGGUUCAGGACCCUCAGCUUCUGCAUCACUGCCAGCACUGUGACAUGUACUUUGCGGACAAUAUCCUUUAUACUAUUCACAUGGGGUGUCAUGGAUUUGAAAAUCCCUUUCAGUGCAACAUAUGCGGGUGCAAGUGUAAAAAUAAGUAUGACUUUGCUUGCCAUUUUGCAAGAGGACAACAUAGUCAACAUUGAGAACAUGCUUUCAUUUAUUUUUUUUUAACAUAUGACAAUAUAUUUUUCAUACUUGCUGAAGGAAAGCUUGCACGUUCCCAUAAGGAAUCUUCACGUUAAACAAUUGGAAAAAGGAGGCAAACUUAUUUCUUUGUUGUCAUAAAACUUGCCAGAGGAGUUUUGUAUAACAUGUGGUUGUUAUUUUAUAUGUAGCCUUUCAAAAAAAAAAAAAAAAAGGAAAAAGCAAGUGAAGGUGUUACAUGAAUUGGAAUGCUUUAAGAUGUUUUGGUUGCUAAAUUUGAGUUGCUUGCAUUUAAAAUCCCAAUAAACAUUCUACAGAUGUAGAAGCAGAGCACAUGUCCAGAAACAUAGGAUGCAAUUACAAGAUUAUUUACUAGGCAAGAUAAAAUGUUAACCAUUAACUAUGAAGGGUGAAUGCAAUGACACAUGUGGUUACUUUGGAGACACACUUUUUCUUAAAAACUUAGCUACUGUCAAGCUGAAAUCACAAACAGAAGCAAUUUUCACGUACAAAUUCAAUUGAAUUUAACAGUUAACUUUAAUCUGAUUAAGGUUAGUAUGUUUCUACUUGGUAUAGCACAAACUUUUCAUGCUGGGGCUCAAACACUUAUUUUUAAGACACCUCACAAAACAAGAAUACAAAGGUUAUUGUUAAUUAAACUCUGGUAGGAAAAAAAGUUAAGAGCCUGGCUUUCACUAGUUGUAUACAGAAAAAUCAAACAUGACAACUUGUUUUAAACUACACAGAUUCAGUGAGACUUUAACUGCCUUAAACUAAUUUGUACACAUAUUUAAAAUUUGCACAAUUAGUCUUCUGUCUUGCUGAUAGGAGUUCUAAUAGAAACAAACAAGAGGUUUACGAAUUAAAAGUAGUUUGUUCAGUUUUACCUUGGGCUGAGCUACAACUGGUAGGUUGCAUUUAUGUUUGAAAGUCAUGGAAUCUAGGUUGUUGUAAACUUCAGCUAACUUGGAAGUCAGUUUGUCUUGUCCCCUCCCUAAAUUUGUUAUCCUUUUGGUGUGCUAGAAAUCAGGGGAAGAGGUUGUGCUUUAUUUUUUUUUUUUAAACAGGUCAUGUAGUAGACAGGCAAAGGAAUACUGGCUGGCUACAUUUGGAGUCAUUGUGAUUAAUACUGUAAGUGGCAAAUGGUCACUAAAGAUGUACACAAAGUCCAUUGCACACGUUUAUUUUUUUUAAUUCUGUACAUCUUACUUUAGAAGCACCUAGGCUAAUGGACAGGCACUUUAUAUAAACUUAAAUAAAACAUCCUACUAAAAUUAAUAAAAGCUCUUGACAUGCUACGUAGGAAUUUGUAAUGUUUCAAAAAAGGGAAGAACUGUUACUUUUCCCAUAUUUAGACAUGCACUUUUACCUUAGUUUGUCUUACCUGAGACAAAUUAAAGCUUCCCUGAUAUUUUUCAGCAAAAUAUGUCAGAGAAUAUGAUUUGUUAAAAGUAGGAAGAAGAUUUGAUUAAUGUUCUGGAAGUCAGAGGCUGCAAUCUGAAUGUUUGGGUUAUUCAGAUUUGUAUUGUCAUGGGAGCUAAAGCUCCAAUGGAAGAACUUACGAUGACUUCGGUGUAAGAUCAAUAUGCAGGGGAACAAAAUGCUGCUGGAAGUGUUGACAUCGGAAGUAAUUUUCAGUUGAAUGGAUUAGAAAUUUGGGAACUGAAUACGCUUCUCUAGAUCUUCUUUAUCUGCUGUUGAAUUUUCCAUGCUGAAAUUACUAGUUGAAGGAACUGGAUUCUUGUCCACACCUAGUUAAGGGGAUUAGAAAUACUCCGUUUCAGUGUUUGCAAGGCAGUGAAGGUUAAGGGUAACGUGCUGUCACUCCUAAAAAUGUUUAAUUUUCUGGUUUGUGUAACUGAGAAUAUAAUUUCCAUUUCACAUAAUGACAUUCUUUAUAAUCCCCUAAUAUCCCUGUGUUGCUUUAUACUUUUAAAAUUUAUUUUCAGAAGGAAAACAGCAAUUCUGUACGCAGAAACUGAUAUGCAGAGGACCUGGAGUCAUCUACUUGCAUGGCUUUCUGCAUGUUAAAGACUACAGUAAAGUUGACUAAACUGAAAUUUAGUUGGAAUUUAUUGCUCCUGUACAGAUUUUGUAACAAGACCCUCCCAGUGAAAGAACAAUGUAGAAAUGAUAGAUCUUUUGAUCACAUUUAUACCAUCGACAAUCUAAAUUUGGCUAAAAUACUGCAUUAGAACCCCAAACCUUGAACACUGUUACAGGUAGUAAUUUAUAGAGGCCAUUUUCCUUGCCUUUUGACAGAUGCUGUAAACUUUUAUUCCUAGGUUUUAGCAGUUAAAAGGAAGCUUCUUAAAUUGUUUUGCUACAAGGAGUAACUUCCAAUUCUGAAUAAUGCAGAUUGCAACACCAAAGUUAUUCUUGGUUCAUGGCUCCAGUCCUUGUCCCUCUCAGUACUGGUAGGGAGAUUAACUCUGAUGUGCACAAAUGUUGGGAUUUCAUUCUUCCAUUCUUUCCAUCACUUUUGAUCUAUUAGGACUUUCAUUGGCAAUGCCCCCAAAUGUUAUAGACUUUUGGUGUAGGCUAAUGACUUGGUGAUUUAGAAAAAAUGAUUUCUGAACCAUAAUUCCCCUGAAAGAAAUUUUAGGUAGGAGAACAGUUAGGUCACUAACAGAAGGAGCUGCUAGCAAGAGGAAGCCUGCAUGUCAUUAUUGAAAAGGGGAUCUCUGUUGAGGGGGAACAUAUUUUCUUCAUAAUAGAACUCAUGAAAAAAAAAAAAA